UAGAACGAGCGGAGCCGCUUACUGCGCAUGUCCGCUGUCAGUGCGGCUUAUGGGACAAACAUGGCGGCGUGCAGGAGGUCAGUGCUGCUGGCUCGGUACCGGACAGGAUUCCUGAUGCCGGCCCGGUUGCUUUCUGAUGGUGAGCCUACCAAGUUCCAGCCACCCAGCAAGCCAUUGUUUAUAGAUAAGUUAGCGCUGCAGGAAUCUCAGAGGAGGUUCCUGAGCCCAGAAUUUAUACCUCCUCGACGCAGGAAAGAUCCACUUUGUUUUCAGAUCGAAAGGGAUGAAAUGAUUAAAAGACGCGGAACCUUCAACAUUCCAGAAUUCUACGUAGGGAGCAUUCUUGCUGUGACCAUGUCAGAUCCCCAUGCCAGCGGAAAACUUCACAGAUUCGUGGGGAUUUGUAUCCAGAGAUCUGGACAUGGACUCGGUGCCACUUUUGUUCUCCGAAAUGUUAUUGAGGGACAAGGUGUUGAGAUCAGAUAUGACAUGUACAGUCCUCAGGUGCAUGAAAUCCAAGUACUGAAGUUGGAGAAGAGACUGGACAACAAACUGAUGUAUCUGCGCGACGCCCUUCCUGAAUACAGCACAUUUGAUGUCAACAUGAAGCCAGUCCCAUUCCUGCACUCUGAAGUUCCUGUCAACACGAUGCAAGUUCAGAUGAAGCCCCGACCAUGGUCUAGACGCUGGGAGCAGCACAGGUUCAACAUCAAAGGCAUUCAGUUUGAACAAUACCUGCUAGAGAAACACAAACAGAAAGCCAAGAAGUCAGCUAAACCAUGGGAAGAGUUUGACAUGCUGAAGGAAUACGACACAACCAAGAUCGAGCAAGAAAUAUUUGAAGAGUUGGAACAAAAACUGGCAAAGUUUAAAGCCAAAUAA